CCUUCCUGGCCCGCUCCCAGGUCCCUGCAUGGCUCACAUGAGGCCAGGGGCCUUUCCAGCACGUUGCAGGCAGAGAACUUCCUGCGGACCAUGGAGACCUGGAGCCGACCGCUGGGCUUCCAGCCUGGGGAGAUGAGCCUGGGCACCUCUGGGGAGCAGGCCGACCCGGACUCCUGGGGGCCGACCAGCCCCGAGGCUUCCCCGCACCCGGUGGCCGAGACCCCACAGCCCCCCGGGUUCCAGGGGCCACCCUUCGAAGAUGUCCUGGCUGCAAGGUCCUCCGACUGGCUCCGGCAGCCCUGCAGAACCGACACCGCCCCCAUCUCCCAGCCGGACACACAGCCCACCUGGGACUCUGAGCCCCGGUUUUGGCAGGAUGUUCUGACCGAGCAACUCUGGCAGAUCUUUGCGGGGACCCACAAGAAGGACCAGCUGCGACGCAGGAUGACGGAGCGGGCGCCAGGCCUGGUGAGUCACUCCGCGGCACCUGGAGGGGUGGGCCCUCAGGCCGGGUUGUCCGGCUUCCUGUGGAGUCAGUCCAUGGCUUCCGUCCUCAGCCCCAGAUUGCCCAGCCCACCCGCGCCCUCCCCCAGCUCCCCCGAGGGCUCCCAAGGGAGUGCAGAGCCAGGCCCGGACGCAGAGGGGAUGCUCUCCCCCGAUGUGGCCCAGGAACCUGCUGGGAGAGCCUAUCCAUUCCUGAAGCCCAUAGGCUGGGACCCUGAGGACUUUGAAGACAUGUGCAAGAGACCAGAUGCCUUGCCCUGGCAAUCCAAGAAGGCGGCCAUCCCCCAUGGAGCGGAGAAGGUGCGGACGCUAAAGCACGGGGAGCCGGUGCUGGCCACGGCCGUCAGCAGCUUCACGCGACACGCGUUCACCUGUGGCCGGGGCGGCGUCAAAGUGUGGAGCCUGGUGGGCCAGGGGCUAGAGGACCACUAUCCUGAGAGCCACCUGCGUGUACAGACCCACCAGGCCUACCUGCGCACCUGCCUGCUGGCCCCGACCAGCACGACCCUGCUGACGGGCGGCCAUAACCUGGCCAGUGUGAGCGUGUGGGACCUGACUGCGCCCUCCCUACGUGUGAGUGAUGAGCUGCCCUGUGCAGGCCUCACCUGCCAGGCCCUGGCCUUCGGCCCCGAGGACACCCUGGCCUUCGCUGGCUUCACGGACGGCACAGUCAGGAUCUGGGACCUGCGGGACCAGAGCGUUGUCAGGGACCUGCAGGGUGCCCCAAAUGGAGCCAAGAGCAUUGCUAUCAAAGACCAGAACAUCUGGGCGGGAGGCCUGGAUACCUGCCUGCGGUGCUGGGACCUGAGGACCCCCGGGGAGCCCCUGGAAUACCAAUUCGAGUCUCAGAUAAUGGGCCUAUCCCCCAGUCCCCAGGAGGAUUGGGUGCUGGUGGGCACAGCCAAUGGCCAACAGUGGCUGCAGCCCACCCGAGGGGGCCAGAAGCACCCGGUGGGGUGUAAGGACAGCACCAUCCUGGGUCUCAAGUUCUCUCCGCUCGGCCAGUGGUGGGUGAGUGUUGGGAUGGACAACCUGGUCAGCAUCUACGGCAUGCCCGCGGGGACCAUGGUGUUCCAGGUGCCUGAGACCUCCCCCAUCCUGUGCUGUGAUGUGUCCCCCAACAACCGCCUGGUCAUCACAGGGUCCAAGGACCACGCCUCCGUGUACCAGAUCACCUACUGAGGGGCUUGGCGUGGUCGUGCUGACUCAGGAUCAUUUUUUUCUUCUUUGCCCUUUUCCCUCA